CUGCGUCCAUCUCCACACCAGCUGUCGGUUUUUUUCUUUCUUUCUUUUUUUUCCCCCUUUUUUUGGGGUGGGCCUUUGAUUCGCGUGUGAUGAGUUUCCCGGAGCAUCUGGAGAUCAAUUAUCCAUCCGUGUGAGCCGGUGGUUGGGCACAUAGAUCAUAGUAGGCUCUGUCUGUGUGUUUACAUGUGUGCGUAAUGCAUUCCGCGAAAGGCAGAUUUAGAGAUUGAGGUAAUUUUCUAUAAACCUGCACCAUUUCAAAGACACUGUAUCGGGAGGAGAGGGGAAAUAGAUUUAAUUUGCUCUCAUUCACUCACGAGCUUUCAAAGAGAGGGUCCAAUCUAUUUAAUCUGAUGCUGUUUUUCUGUUUUUUUUUUGACGUUGUAAGGGUUACUUCAAUUUACUUUGCGUUUAUAUUUAUUAAACCUUGUUUUAGUUUAUCUAUAUUUUAACUGAAGCUGCUCCACACAGUCCUCAGAAAAAGGCAGCGAUGUGUUGGAGAGGGCGUAAUACAUCCAUGAUCCACUGGAAUCCUGAAUCCUGGCAGCUGAUUGGCUGCAGGGUGUAGCCUCCUGUUGGGAUGGACCUGUUGGAUAAAAGGACCAUUUUCUAAACGACGGUGUGGGACGCAGAGGAUCAUCUACGAGGAACCCUCCUGUGAGACGACAUAAUAAAGAAAUAUAUUUUUCAAGGGCCAUCCAAAGCACCAUGACCGGGAAAGAGGGCGCAGUGCUGUCGGAAAGUUUAAAUCACUCAGAGAAAACGUCUCUGGGUGCAAAUGGAGGGAACAACAGCCACCAGCCGAAAAGCAGUGUCAACCACCCACCGACCAGGUGCACCGGCUUCGGCAUCCAGGAGAUCCUGGGGCUGAAUAAAGAGCCGCCCUCCAUUCCGAGGAACCCGCUGAGCUCGCUGCCGGCCGGCGCGCACCUGAUCGCCGCCAGGUCUGUGCUGGGCCCCGCAGCCGUCGGUGUGGGUGUCGGGAUGGGAUUAAUUGGCCCCGGUGGAAUUCCGGCGUUUUACCGUCAACCCGCUUUCCUGGAGACGGUGCUGUCAGACGGUCAGGAUGUCCACCUGCAGCACCACAGCAGGAUCGUGAGGCCGCUGGACCCCAGUCAGUCUGCCAGCUCAGACUCCGAGGAUUUAUCUUCAAAUGAACGAAGACACACGAAGUCGUCUAUAAGCCAGAACAAGAAACGCAAGAAAAGACGCCACCGAACCAUAUUCACUUCCUAUCAGCUGGAGGAGCUGGAAAAGGCCUUUAACGAAGCGCACUACCCGGAUGUCUAUGCCCGAGAGAUGCUGGCCAUGAAAACAGAGUUGCCUGAAGACAGAAUACAGGUAUGGUUUCAAAACCGGAGAGCUAAGUGGAGGAAGAGGGAGAAAUGUUGGGGACGCAGCACAGUGAUGGCUGAGUAUGGGCUGUAUGGAGCCAUGGUGAGGCAUUCCAUCCCUCUGCCAGAGUCCAUCCUCAAGUCUGCUAAGGAUGGCAUCAUGGAGUCCUGUGCUCCCUGGCUUCUGGUCCAAGAUGGCUUACCAGUGAGCAGACGUUAUUCUAAAUCUGAAUACCCGCAACUCUUUACAGGGAUGCACAAAAAGUCCAUAGAGGGCGCAACUCCCCCACCAACAGGAAAGUGCGAUGCCCCGCAGCAGGCGAACGCUCAGAUCCCUGAGGACGCUGAAGAGGAGGAGGAAAGGUCAGAGGGCAAGGCCGUCAUUUCUAAAGAGGAACUGAGAGAGAACAGCAUUGCUGCACUCAGGGCCAAGGCUCAGGAGCACAGUGCCAAAGUUCUGGGGACAGUUUCUCAUGACAGGCUGCUGGAGGGCAAACAGGAGAUCCAGGUGGCUGAAGAAAAGGCCAGUGAUCUGACCAGUCCAGAAAAGGAGCAGAGAAGUCCCUAGAACCGAUCCAGAACCUGGAGACUGUUGUGGUCAAAAGUGACUGCAGUGGAUUAGCUGCGUUUAGUUUAAAUCUGGAUUAACUGACUUGGAUUUCCGUCCUUCACUGACUUCUCCAAACUGACUCUCAUCUGGACUUGAGAAAUGAACUUGUUGGUUGCUACCAAGAAGAUUCAAAUGCACUUUUUUAAAAUGUAUUUUCAAACUUACUCCUGUUUCUUCAAAUAUUAGAGCAUUUGACAGAAUAGCAGCAAUAGACAAUAAUGUAAAUAGACCUCAAAUUUAGAAACAGCCAGAUGAGCAAAGGCUUCUCAACUACAUUAAUUGCAACCAGUGGCCUAUAAUUUAUUUCCUGUCUUUUAUUCUGUCUGUGCUUAUACAAUUAUUAAAUUGAAGCAUUUUAGAGGAGCCGUCCCAUCGGCAGUAAGAGAAAGUUGUUGUCCUUUAUCAUGAUGUAUAUAACUGAUAUAUAAAUCUUUAAAAUAUUGUUCAUGUAGUCUUUAAA